GCAAGUCUAUUUAUCGAAGAAAAAUAGUAAGCCAAAACAAUGAUCAGUGUGAAACGUGGCGCGGUAUCGUUAUUGGUCCAAAUCAGUGGGACCAUAAUAUACCACAAAUAAAAAUCCGCUUGGGAGGAGGCAAGCACCCCAUCGCUGAAGAAGUCAUUAGAUCAGGUGUAUUACCGGGACGGCAUCGUACUAUCGUACUUUGUUUUAUAUGCUGUGAUUGGACAGUCAAUCGAAGAUAACACGAUAAAUCAAGAAAACACCGCAAAGAUUACAUUGUUAAUAGCUGCAAUGAAAAGUUUAACUGAUAUGGAUAACAUUACAGCCGACACUGAUUUGGAAUAUCAUUUCAAAACUGAAGAUUUAGUUGCCGAAGGCAGAACUUCUAGAGAAAAUAUGGAAGAAAUAAGGACUUUUGUGUCAAAUCUGGAUGACAAAUAUGUUCCUACGAGAAUACAGGAUGAAAUCAUCUUAAUUUUUUUGAUAUCUUGUGCGAAUGAUGUAGCACUUACCAAAAAAACUAUAUUAUCGUAUUAUUAUUUAAAGAAACAUGGUCCUGAAAUCUAUGAUGACAGGGAUCUCAAUCGAAGUGAUAUACAACUAGCACUAAAUACAAUACAUAUGUCAAGCAUACCAGUACGAACAGAUGACAAUGAUGUGAUACACUACUUUAAUAUACAUGAUACAAACUAUCGAAAUUUUGAGUUGGUGCCUAUAAUGAAAGUGUCUUAUAUGUUAAUGGAUGUAGCUCAUGAAAAGAAUCCCCCUAACGGAUUGAUCGUAUUAAUCGAUAUGAAAGGUCUCAGUCUAAUGCACAUGACGAGAAUGAAAAUGGGAGCAAUCAAAAAAUAUUUGAGUUUCCUACAAGAAGGUUUUCCUAUGAGAUUGAAAGUGAUACAUUUGAUAAAUUCUGUAUAUUUUAUGGACAAACUACUAGCAAUACUGAAAGUAUUUAUGAAAAGUGAACUUAUGAGUAUGCUACAUAUACAUCCACCUGGCUUGAAAGAAGAAGAACUUUUCAAGUUAAUACCAAAAAACUGUUUACCUAUGGAAUAUGGGGGCGACCUUCCAUCUGAAAGUGAACUUCACCAGAAAACUAUAGAGCAAUUUAGAUCUAAGCAAACAUUUUGGGACGUGGAGGAGAAAUUGAGAAAGCUGGCAUAUAAAGAUUAAAUAAAACCUUUUUCGUAUAUUCUGCUUUUGACUGCUAAUAAACGUGAUAAAUAUGUUUCAUACUUA